UUUCUAUUUUCUCCAAAAUCAAAGUUCUCACCGACUGAAUAAAAAAAAAGGAAAAAUCUUACAUGUCGACACUCUUAUUCGAUAAUUAAUUAAAAGAAAAAUGUUAUACUUAUCCCAAAUCUAGCAACAAAAAAUAAAAUAAGAAUUCAAGUCAAAAAAAAAAAAGAAUAAAAAAGAAUACCCCUAAAAUCUUAAUUAGGGCUCACCGCAUAAUAGAGGACCAAGCCUAAAAUAAAAGGAACAAAACUCUCAACACUCUACACAAUACACAAAUCUCUCCUCCCCUAAUUUCACUUAAAUUAAAUCAUCUCCACAUAGACGCGAACAUAACAUAUAGUAAUAGUAUAGUAAAAUUUACAAAAAACACAGGCUUGAAUUCCCGCCAUGGCCACUGCGGUGAAUGAAGAAGAAACACAACAGCCAGACGCGAGCUCAAUCGAAGGGAUUGAAGAGACGAAGACGCUGAUUUGCGCUCUCAAUCUCCUCUCUCGCAAUCUCCCCCUUCCCUCUCACAUUUUGCAGGCGGUUUCGAGAAUUUACUCCGAUCCUCUCCCCGGUGACGCCGACGGUGGAUCUCGCGUCGCGGCGGAUGAGAAUGUCGAUGCUCCGGGUGAUUCUUCAGUUGGAGGAGAUUUGAUAUCAGAGCUUGAGGAUACCUUGGCAAAGCAUCGGUUAGAUUGCAUGUCAGGUUUCGAAUUGACAGCAUUGAAGGAAAAUCGUUUAAAGAGCAACAUACAACAUCGCAUAUCCGAACUCGAAGAGUUGCCUACAAGUAGAGGCGAGGACCUGCAGUCGAAGUGUUUGCUUGAACUCUAUGGGCUAAAGCUGGCGGACUUUCAAAGCAAGGUUCGCUCAGAUCUGUGUAAAGAGUACGGGCUUCGCAUGAAUUGUGCUUCUCCUGAAAAGCAGUUGUUUGAUUGGGGAAUGAUGCGUUUACGUCGUCCUUUAUAUGGCGUGGGAAAUGCUUUUCUUAUGGAAGCUGAUGAUACCAUGAAAAAGAAAUGGGAAGCUGAGAGAUUGUCUAGGUUGGAGGAGGAGGAAAAGAACAGAAUCGAGAGUAGGCAACGCAAAUUCUUUGCAGAGAUACUUGAUGCAGCCCGUGAAUUGCAAUUACAAAUACAGGCUACUCACAAGCGCCGAAAGCAAAGGAACGAUGGCAUUCAGUCAUGGCAUGGAAGGCAACGACAGCGUGCGACUCGUGCAGAAAAAUUGAGAAUUCAAGCUUUAAAAGCUGAUGAUCAGGAAGCGUAUAUGAGGAUGGUUGAAGAGAGCAAAAAUGAAAGGUUAACAAUGCUUCUUGGGAAGACAAAUGAGUUGCUUGUUCGCCUGGGUGCUGCAGUUCAACGUCAAAAAGAUGCAGAGCAUGACGGUAUUGAACCCUUGAAUGAAUUAGAAGCGAACAUGCCUGAUUAUUCUCCUUCGAAGACUGGAAUAUUAGCGGGAUCCAAGGAAGAGGAUGAUAUAAUUGACAUGGAACCUCAUCAAGAUGUAAAGCCUGGUGAUUUACUUGAAGGUCAACGGCAGUACAAUUCAGUUAUUCAUUCGAUACAGGAGAAGGUGAUAGAGCAGCCAUCCAUGCUUCAGGGUGGAGAACUAAGAGCGUACCAGUUAGAAGGGCUUCAAUGGAUGCUGUCUUUGUUUAAUAACAAUCUGAAUGGUAUAUUGGCAGAUGAGAUGGGGUUGGGUAAGACAAUCCAAACCAUCUCUCUGAUUGCAUAUCUUAUGGAGAACAAGAAUGUGGCUGGACCACACUUGAUUGUGGCCCCAAAGGCUGUACUACCAAAUUGGAUAGCUGAAUUCUCUACUUGGGUUCCCAGCAUUGUUGCUGUUCAUUAUGAUGGACGUAUGGAGGAGCGAAGGGUACUGAGGGAAACAUAUUCAGGAGAGGGGAAAUUUAAUGUUUUGGUUACCCAUUAUGAUAUGAUUAUGAGAGAUAAAGCCUUUCUGAAAAAAAUUCACUGGCACUACAUGAUUGUUGACGAAGGACACCGGCUUAAAAAUCAUGAAUCUGCUUUAGCAAGGACUAUUGACUCUGGUUACAAGAUACGAAGGAGACUUCUGCUGACUGGAACCCCAAUACAGAAUAGUUUACAAGAGUUAUGGUCACUGCUUAAUUUUCUCCUUCCAAACAUUUUUAAUUCAGUUGAGAAUUUCGAGGAGUGGUUUAAUGCUCCCUUUGCAGAUCGAUGUGAUGUUUCUCUAACAGAUGAAGAAGAGUUAUUGGUGAUUCGGCGUUUGCAUCAUGUUAUAAGGCCAUUCAUAUUGAGAAGGAAGAAAGAAGAGGUGGAAAAGUACCUUCCCCAGAAGUCUCAGGUCAUACUUAAAUGUGACAUGUCAGCCUGGCAGAAAGUAUACUAUCACCAAGUCACCGAUGUGGGGAGAGUUGGACUGGGUUCUGGUACCGGGAAGUCUAAGAGCCUGCAGAACUUGACAAUGCAGCUUAGGAAGUGCUGUAAUCAUCCCUACCUUUUUGUUGGCGAUUAUAAUAUCUGGCGGAAGGAGGAAAUUGUUAGAGCUUCUGGAAAAUUCGAACUCCUAGAUCGUUUACUUCCUAAACUGUACAAAGCGGGGCACAGGGUACUCCUUUUCUCACAAAUGACUCGUCUUAUGGACAUUCUUGGAGUUUAUCUCGAACUUCAUGGCUUUAAGUUUCUUAGACUUGACGGCUCAACAAAAACUGAUGAGAGGGGAACUCUGCUAAAGCAAUUCAAUGCCCCAGACUCUCCUUAUUUCAUGUUUCUAUUAAGUACACGUGCUGGAGGUCUUGGCCUGAACUUGCAGACAGCAGAUACUGUAAUUAUUUUUGACAGUGACUGGAAUCCACAAAUGGACCAACAAGCAGAGGAUAGAGCGCAUCGUAUUGGGCAAAAGAAGGAAGUCAGAGUUUUUGUACUAGUCAGUGUCGGUUCAAUUGAAGAGGUAAUCUUGGAACGUGCAAAGCAAAAGAUGGGUAUUGAUGCAAAGGUUAUUCAGGCAGGACUGUUUAAUACAACGUCCACAGCUCAAGAUAGGAGAGAGAUGUUGGAGGAUAUUAUGCGUAGAGGUACAAACUCACUUGGAAGAGAUGUGCCAAGCGAGAGAGAGAUUAACCGUCUUGCAGCUAGAUCAGAAGAAGAAUUCUGGAUGUUUGAGAAAAUGGAUGAAGAAAGAAGGCAGAAAGAGAAUUACAGAUCUCGUCUCAUGGAAGAGAAUGAGGUACCAGAUUGGGCAUAUGCUCAACCUGACCCAAAGGACACUAGGGGUAAAGGAUUUGAUUAUGAGAGUGCCAAUGUCAGUGGAAAGAGACGCAGGAAGUCGAUUGUUUAUGCUGAUACACUUAGCGAAUCGCAGUGGAUAAAGGCUGUGGAAUAUGGAGAACCAGUAUCCAAGCGUACAGGUAAAAGAAAGAUGAAGGAGCAUCUUCCUCCACCAAGCUAUCAACUAGCCUAUGAUGAUGUCCUGGAAGAUAAGAGAGUAGUAGAAUUGAAGAGUGAACAUGUGCCUAUUCCGAAUGAAAGACUUCCGGAAAUUACCUCUGGCAUGGUCCCAAGGAGGUCCAGGUCCAUAUCCAUGUCUGAGGUAUCAAAUUCCCAAGACAGUGAAGUUCCAGGUUCCGAUGAUGAUAAUUCGAAGGGAAACAUGCUGACAUGGAAGAUCCAUAGGAAAAAGAGGUCUAGCUUAGCAUAAUAGCAUUAUUAUGAUUUCAUAUUAAAUUACAUGUUUAAAUAUUGCCUAAUGAACGACGAUGUAGUGGAUCGCAGGGAAAUGACACACAAAACUAUAGUGAGGCUCCAUGUCUUUUGUAGUUAGAACUUGGGAGCCAUUACUGCCGCAGGUGCAGCAGACAUACAUAAACAAGGUGUUUUGAUUGAAGAUAAGUUGACACCGUUUAGAUUGA